AUGUUAGCAUUGAUGGAUGACAGCUUGUAUGAUGAGUUUGGAAACUACAUUGGACCUGAAAUCGAGUCUGAUCAAGAGAGUGAUAGAGAAGAUGAAGAUGAAGAUCUCCAAGAAAAGCCUGAAGACGAGAGGGCCGAUUCUGAUGAAGAGAAUGGAACUGCUGGACCCAAUGGAUGGAUGACAACUGGCGAUGAUGUUGAUAUGGAGAAUCAGAUUGUUCUUGCAGAGGACAAAAAGUAUUACCCUACUGCAGAAGAAGUCUAUGGUGAAGAUGUGGAAACACUAGUAAUGGAUGAAGAUGAACAACCCCUUGAGCUACCUAUAAUCAAACCAGUAAGAGACAUUAAGUUUGAAGUUGGUGUUAAAGAUUCAUCCACCUAUGUGUCAACCCAAUUUCUCUUAGGCCUUUCAUCAAAUCCCACUUUGGUUAGGAAUGUUGCUUUGGUAGGACACUUACAACAUGGGAAAACUGUUUUCAUGGAUAUGUUAGUUGAGCAAACACACCAUAUUUCAACUUUUGAUCAAAACAGUGAAAAACACAUGAGAUACACUGAUACAAGGGUAGAUGAACAAGAGAGAAGGAUAUCAAUUAAAGCAGUUCCCAUGUCACUUGUUCUUGAAGACAGCAAUUCAAAAUCCUACAUGUGUAAUAUCAUGGAUACCCCUGGACAUGUUAACUUUUCUGAUGAAAUGACUGCUGCUCUUAGGCUUGCUGAUGGGGCAGUUUUGAUUGUAGAUGCUGCUGAAGGCGUCAUGGUGAAUACAGAGAGAGCAAUCAGGCAUGCAAUUCAAGAACGCUUACCUAUUGUAGUUGUGAUAAACAAGGUCGACAGAUUAAUAACAGAGCUCAAACUACCACCUAGAGACGCCUACCAUAAACUAAGACACACAAUCGAAGUCAUCAACAACCACAUCACAGCAGUCUCAUCGACAGCUGGCAACGUCCAGGUCAUCGACCCGACAGCUGGCAACCUCUGUUUCGCUAGUGGAAGUGCAGGCUGGUGUUUCACUCUCCAAUCAUUCGCCAAAUUAUAUGUCAAACUUCACGGAAUCCCAUUCGAUGCCAACAAAUUCGCCUCAAGACUUUGGGGAGAUUACUAUUACGACCCUGCCACUCGGGCUUUCAAAAAGAAACAAGCCGCAAGUGCAGGGGCAGAACGGUCAUUUGUCCAGUUCAUUUUAGAACCACUUUACAAGAUCUACAGUCAAGUAAUCGGUGAACAUAAAAAGAGUGUGGAGACAACUUUAGCUGAACUUGGUGUCACUUUAAGCAAUGCUGCAUAUAAAUCAAAUGUAAGACCCUUACUUAGAUUAGCUUGUAGUUCAGUUUUUGGAUCAGCUACUGGAUUUACAGACAUGUUGGUCAACCACAUCCCUUCUGCUAAACAAGCUGCCCCUCGAAAGGUUGACCAUAUUUACACUGGAGUCAAAGAUUCAAGAAUUUAUAAAGCCAUGGAAAGUUGUGACCCAUCUGGUCCACUCAUGGUCAACAUUACUAAACUCUAUCCCAAAUCAGAUUGUAGUGUUUUUGAUGCAUUUGGUAGGGUUUAUAGUGGGGAACUUCACACAGGGCAAACUGUUCGUGUUCUUGGAGAAGGGUAUUCACCAGAUGAUGAAGAAGAUAUGACUGUGAAAGAAGUGACAAAAUUAUGGGUGUAUCAAGCGCGAUAUAGGAUACCCAUUAAUAAAGCGCCACCUGGCUCGUGGGUUUUGAUUGAAGGUGUUGAUGCUUCGAUUAUGAAAACUGCUACACUUUGUAAUGUGGAAUAUGAUGAGGAUGUGUGUAUUUUUAGAGCUCUUCAGUUUAAUACACUUCCUGUGGUGAAAACAGCUACUGAGCCUUUGAAUCCAAGUGAGUUGCCUAAAAUGGUGGAGGGGUUGAGGAAGAUUAGUAAGAGUUAUCCACUUGCAAUUACUAAAGUUGAGGAGUCUGGUGAACAUACGAUUUUGGGGACUGGAGAGUUGUAUCUUGAUUCGAUUAUGAAAGAUCUCAGGGAAUUGUAUUCAGAAGUUGAAGUUAAGGUGGCAGAUCCAGUUGUUUCAUUCUGUGAAACAGUGGUGGAGUCUUCAUCAAUGAAAUGCUUUGCUGAAACUCCUAACAAGAAAAACAAAAUUACCAUGAUUGCUGAGCCAUUGGAGAGAGGACUUGCAGAAGAUAUUGAGAAUGGUAUUGUAAGUGUGGACUGGCCUAGAAAGAAAUUAGGAGACUUUUUUCAAACCAAAUAUGAUUGGGAUCUUCUUGCUGCAAGAUCUAUAUGGGCCUUUGGACCCGAUAAACAGGGUCCUAAUAUAUUAUUGGACGAUACCCUCUCGAGUGAAGUUGACAAAAGCUUGUUGAAUGCUGUAAAGGAUUCCAUUGUUCAAGGGUUCCAGUGGGGUGCACGUGAGGGCCCACUUUGUGAUGAGCCAAUCCGUAAUGUUAAAUUCAAAAUAGUAGAUGCGAGAAUUGCACCAGAGCCAUUACACCGUGGAACCGGUCAAAUCAUUCCAACAGCUCGACGUGUCGCCUAUUCAGCUUUUCUUAUGGCAACACCACGCCUUAUGGAGCCUGUCUAUUAUGUUGAGAUUCAAACACCUAUAGAUUGUGUUCCUGCUAUAUACACGGUGUUAUCUCGUAGACGUGGACAUAUAACUGCUGAUGUACCCCAACCAGGAACUCCAGCCUAUAUAGUGAAGGCGUUUUUACCUGUAAUCGAGUCAUUUGGUUUUGAGACAGACUUAAGGUAUCAUACCCAAGGUCAAGCAUUUGCCCUUUCAGCUUUCGAUCACUGGGCAAUUGUUCCUGGUGAUCCACUCGACAAAAGCAUUGUGUUAAGACCACUGGAGCCUGCACCCAUUCAGUACCUUGCACGUGAAUUUAUGGUCAAAACAAGGCGUAGGAAGGGAAUGAGCGAGGAUGUGAGCAUCAAUAAGUUCUUUGAUGAGGCUAUGGUGGUGGAGCUUGCCCAACAGGCGGCUGAUCUGCACCUUCAGAUGAUCUAG